AGAUACUGUGUUUAUCACGUUUUGGAAGGAAAAGGAAAUCGCGUCAUAUAUCUGCCAUAUCUGAUAGUCGACGCGGGAAAAUGAGAUGGCUCUGCCUAAUAAAGGUACGGUGGAGAAAACACGUAGCCCUCCUGUGAAGGUGCUUUCUGGCCAGCUUCGCGAUGCUAAAAGUCGCAUCACUGGACCAAAUGGGAAGGCCGAAUUCAGCAUAAAGAGACUUGGUCAAGGGAACCCCCUCUGUGUGUCCAUUGUGUGGAUGCAAGGGACUGUGGUCGAAGUUCAGCCAGAUCAUAACUCCGUUGUUCUCUUGGACGAGACUGGUAACUUUGUUGUCGUUGGCGUUAAUAACAUACCAAAAGGAAAACCAUGUCUAAUUCACGGUAAAUAUGUCAUGGUGAUGGGUGUACUCCAGACCCACAGUCCGGAACCUGUGCUUCGAGCAGUAAAAAUGGCUGACCUUUCUGAUAACUCUUUGAUUCAAAAGAGAAUGUGGAAAUAUGAAGUCGAGGACCUGCAGCAAACUUUACCUUAGUAUGUAUCCAGCUUGUUAGUGUCUGUUCGCAUCAUUUGUACAUUGCUCUUAACCUUUUAAAAAUACUUUGUCAAAA